AGUAAAAUGUCAAGAAAAAAAUUAAUUUUUUCAAGAAAUGGGGGACAUUCCCUAGGACUUCAUUGCUACUCAGGUGCCAAGAGCAAAGGUUACACUGCUCUGUCAUUUUCUGCUUCAAACUUGGUAACGUUCACACUAUUUUGAAUUUUAUGUUGAAGGCCAAAAAAAAACAAUUUUAGUAUGCUGUCAUUAAAACUAUGUCCUGCCAACCGAAGUCUCCUGAAUGCAAGAACAGUGCAAUUGAUAUUGUAUAACUGAAAUUGUGCAGUGGAUGGAAAAUUUGAAACAAGAAAUGCAUUGUUAAAACUCAACUGAGUGAGACGUUUGUAACUUCUGUUCUAUACGAGCUUUGUUCCAUAAUAUUAAAACUGGUGAAGCUUGCUUCCUCCCCAGUGGUGGAUUUGUCUGCCGUUUCCUGUAUCUUGCCUUGCAGUGCAAUAGUGCUGUACUUAUAUAUGAAGACCGUCUGUCUCACUAGGGUUUAUUUGUUUAGAAUUCACUCUCCUUUCCUUGAGGGGAUUACAGCUGUUCUCAAGGCUGUUGUUGCAUUGCUAGUUGAGUUUCAAUUGCAGUUUUGAUAGUCAUGAACCUUCUACUUUAUUACAAAGAAGGCUCAUGAUUAGUGUGUGACUUCUUUCAGUAACUGGCAUGUCAGAACUGUAGCAAAACUUGAAAAUCGAUGGGUUUAAUCUUACGGUGUUGCUAAAACCAACAGAAAAUAAAUGCGUAUUUUACCAGAGUGGAGCAAGUGUUUUCUUAAUAAUAGUUGUUCACAGCAUGGUGAUGCAACGACAAGUGACAUGCCGCAGAUUCUGGAUUAAUAUUUUAGUAUUACUAGAAGUUUGUCAUAGUUCCUAUGGAGAGACAAAGUAAUAGGGAGAGGAGCAGAUUUAUUGCUGACAUAGCUGUUUAAACCUCAGUGAUGUAUAGCUACACCUACCUUUUUUUUCUGUAGAAGUGGGUAACAUUGCUCACUGGAAUCUGUAAUCCUAGUCUUAAUCUCAGCAAGAUGCUAGUUUUAGUGACGAAGUGUGCGCUGAUAGUAGUAUGGCAUAUUCAGAAUUUUUCUUUGGAUGCUCUUUGCCAUAAUCAACGUGCAAAGUAAGGUUAUCAAAGUGUUUUCUGGCAUAGAACUCCAGGCUGUUAAAGCAUAAUCUUGUGACUCAAGAUCUAAGGUUGUUUUUGGUCUUUUCUUUUGUUCCUUACACUCCACACAGUUACCACACCCCUACCCCCACCAUCCCCUUUUAUCUUGGGCCAGUUGCAAGGAUUGUGGCUUAUUCCUUUUUUAGUGGCAGGGGAAUAGAGGGCACAAGAAAGAACAUGAGAACUAGAAAAGAUUAACUGGUGUUUUUUGUUUGCUUUCUGAUAAUAACAUCUAUAAGAUUAAUCCAGACUCGUAGGUUUGUCACUGGUCCUAUGAUAUCUAUGCCCUUAUCGUAUCCACAAAUAGUGCAAAGGUAUGAAGAAAGCAGUGUUUUCAUGUAGAAAAUAAAAAUGUAGUGUAUAUAUCUUCAACGCUGCAAGUGUAAAAUAUAAAAAUAUAGAAGAAAGUUAGAAACUACUACCUUUGCUUAACAUUCAACCAGUGUUUCAAGAAGAACAUAUUAUUUUGGAUGUGUUUUGCAGCGUCCGUCAUGUUGUGUCAUUGUAGAUCUGUCAUGUGUGAUACUUGCCACGAAAGUUAGGUGAUGAGUUUGCAUUUCUAAUUUACACUCCUUUAGCUUUCAAAUUCUAAUACUGAGGAAUACAAGUCUGUGGUGGUAAAGAUUACAAAGGCAGCUGGGAACUGAUUUUCUUAAUAUAUUAAUUAUUGACUUGCCUUUUAUGGUAGAUGCUGUACAAAUACUAAAGAUCAUAGUACAUACUCAACAUUUCAUAUGAGUAUAAUAUUUCAAAUUAUAGACUAUACCAGUGCUUUCAGCUUGAAGCCUUUGAGGACAGUGAGCCUAUAUUGAAAUAGAUGUUAAGACACUGGAUUGUGGCUUGGGAUCUCAAGGGAAAUCUUGUUUUGUUCUUAGAAUAUAUCACUGGGCAGACAGGUGGGAAUCUUCUUGGUUUUGUGGUUUUUUUUGCUCUUGGAAAGUCAUUUUACCUCUUCUUACUGUUAGGAAAAAUGGCUGAGACUGUAUAUUUAUACUCUGGCGGAAGUUGGGUGGCUUUUGCAUCUGCUGUUGUUGGGACCUUUACUUUCCUGAUUCAUAUAGCUCCACAUAAUUUGUCAACUAUCAGAUUAGGCUUCUUUAAACCUGGUGUUGCUCCUGUAGUAAUAGAAUUUAUAUUUCAAUCAUCUGUAGUAUGUACCUCACUCUGUAAAGGUAGAUUAUCUCUGAAAGCUUUAGCAGUGAGAGGCAAAGGUAUUGAUGCAGCUGGGGGUUGCUUGCAUUUUCCUGAGCCCCUGGCAAGUGGAGAUAAGUGAUAAAGAAAGUAUUUGUCUAGGACUGUGUAUUGAGGAGCUGUCACCUCAGCAUAACUAAUGAGUAUAGAAACACGAACUCUAGGGUGACUGCAAAGCUUACAUUUAUGCUUUCUAUUUUGAGAUAUUUUAUUUAAGGAUUGAAAUUUCCUUAAAACUUCUUAAUAAUCAAAAGAUGAAAAUAUUUUUACUGUAAAAUUAACUGUAUUACAGAAGACUGAAAUGUAUUUGCCUUUGCCAUUGUUCAUUGAGGCUGCUGAUAAGAGUGUUUUUGGAGGGAAAUGACCUUUGAAAUCUGCAUACAGUAUUUGUUUCUGGAAGUUAAAACAGCAAGGGAGUGGGUAUCCUGUUACUUUGUAGGAUUUUAUUUUUUUUAAAGUAGACCUCACUCUUGGCAGGCAAGCUUGGUUGUGUGCAGUAAUUUUUUUUACUGUUUUUUUAACAUACUUCGCUUAAAAGAAUGGAACAAAACUCCACAAUGCUGGGCAAAAUAAUUGAGGUGUCUUGCACUAUUAAGUCUGCUCUUAAAGGGAAAAACUUUGACAUAACACUGAAACCAUGUAUAACGGUAGAAGAAAAAAGGCUUGCUGCUGCUGGUGAUCCGUGUGGCUGUAUGGAGCAAUAUCUUACUCUAAAUGAAGACCUAAAACAAAUGUUGGAAAGCAGUAAAGAUUCUGCAAAGCUGGAUGCUAUGAAAAGGAUUGUUGGGAUGAUUGCAAAGGGAAAAAAUGCUUCUGAGCUGUUUCCUGCUGUUGUGAAGAAUGUUGCCAGUAAAAAUAUUGAGAUAAAAAAGCUUGUGUAUGUUUAUCUAAUGCGCUACGCAGAGGAGCAGCAAGAUCUGGCGUUGUUGUCCAUCAGUACUUUCCAGCGUGCUUUAAAAGAUCCUAAUCAGUUAAUCCGUGCAAGUGCUUUAAGAGUUUUAUCCAGUAUACGUGUCCCAAUUAUUGUUCCUAUUAUGAUGCUUGCUAUUAAGGAAGCCUCUUCUGAUUUAUCUCCAUAUGUGAGAAAGAAUGCAGCCCAUGCAAUCCAAAAACUGUACAGUCUUGACCCAGAGCAAAAGGAAAUGUUGAUUGAAGUGAUAGAGAAGCUUUUGAAGGAUAGAAGUACGCUGGUAGCUGGGAGUGUGGUGAUGGCAUUUGAGGAAGUGUGUCCAGAUAGAAUAGAUCUGAUUCACAAGAACUACCGAAAGCUCUGUAACUUGCUGGUUGAUGUAGAAGAGUGGGGUCAAGUUGUUAUAAUCCACAUGUUAACUCGGUAUGCACGAACUCAGUUUGUAAGUCCGUGGAAGGUUGAUGAAGUGGUGGAUGAAUACAAUGAAAAUAAUUUCUAUGAAUCUGAUGAAGAACAGAAAGAGAAGGAUCACAAAUUGAAAACCACCUAUACUAUGGACCAGGAUCACAGGCUGCUGUUACGAAAUACAAAGCCCCUGCUUCAAAGCCGAAAUGCUGCUGUGGUAAUGGCAGUUGCACAGCUGUACUGGCAUUUGGCACCAAAAUCUGAAGCUGGUAUUGUUUCUAAGUCGUUAGUGCGUUUACUCCGUAGUAACAGGGAGGUGCAGUAUAUUGUCCUGCAAAAUAUUGCCACUAUGUCAAUUCAGAGAAAGGGCAUGUUUGAACCUUACCUGAAGAGUUUCUAUGUUAGAUCAACUGAUCCAACUAUGAUCAAAACGCUCAAGCUUGAAAUCUUGACAAAUUUAGCAAAUGAAGCCAACAUAUCAACUCUGCUUCGAGAAUUUCAGACUUAUGUGAAAAGCCAGGAUAAGCAGUUUGCUGCAGCUACGAUUCAGGCUAUAGGCAGAUGCGCAACUAACAUCACCGAAGUGACUGACACGUGCCUUAAUGGCCUCGUCUGUUUGCUGUCCAACAGGGAUGAAAUCGUAGUUGCUGAAAGUGUUGUUGUCAUUAAGAAACUGCUGCAAACCCAGCCAGCACACCAUGGUGAAAUUAUUAAGCAUAUGGCCAAACUCUUGGAUAACAUUACAGUUCCAGUAGCCAGAGCCAGCAUUCUCUGGCUCAUUGGUGAGUACUGUGAACGGGUUCCAAAGAUCGCGCCCGAUGUUCUGAGAAAGACAGCCAAGAGCUUCACAAACGAAGAUGACCUUGUAAAAUUGCAGAUCUUAAAUCUGGGUGCAAAACUCUAUUUAACAAAUUCAAAGCAGACAAAAUUGCUUACCCAGUAUGUAUUAAAUCUCGGCAAGUAUGAUCAAAGCUACGACAUCAGAGACCGUACAAGAUUUAUUAGGCAGCUUAUUGUUCCGAAUGAGAAGAGUGGAGCUUUAAGCAAAUAUGCCAAAAAAAUAUUUCUGGCACAGAAACCUGCCCCAUUGCUUGAGUCUCCUUUUAAAGAUCGGGAUCAUUUCCAGCUUGGCACCUUGUCUCACACACUGAACAGCCGAGCCACUGGGUACCUGGAGCUGUCCGACUGGCCAGAGGUGGCACCUGACCCCUCCGUCCGCAACGUCGACGUGGCUGAGUCGGCAAAGGAAUGGACUGGAAUUCUAGGCAAGCCAAAGAAGGAGAAACCUACUGAAAAAUUCUACUCUGAAUCAGAAGAGGAGGAAGAUGAGUCUGCCAGUACCAGUUCAUCAGGGAGUGGGUCUGACAGUGAAAGUGAGAAGGAAGAUAAAGAGGAAGGCAGCACUGAUGAGAGUAGUGGGAGUUCCUCUCCCAGUGAAGAAUCAACUGACAGUGAAUCAGACAGCAAAGAAAGUGCUGCUAAGAAAACAUGUAGAGCUGUCAAUGAAAGUGAUUCAGAGGAUAUUAAAAAGAAAGCAGAAGGCAUUUCCAAGAAGAGAAGCAGUUCCAGUUCCUCUGAUACAGAAUACAGUUCAUCAGAUGAAAGUUCUGCAGGCUCCAAGUCAGAAUCUGACUCUAAAAGUGACUCUGAAUCUGGAAAAUCUAGAAAUGCUACCUCUAAUAAGAAAGAAGAAAAGCCAGUACAAGAUAGAAAGACUCCAAAAAACCAAGGCAUGUUUCUUUUAGAUUUAGAUGAUUUUUGUCCUGUAACAACUCCUGUGGCAAUUCCUAGAGCAGCUGUUUUGUCCCCGAGUUUAGCAGCAGAUCUAGAGGGAUUAAGUCUGUCGAGUUCAUCAGUCAUUGAUGUCACUACGCAGGUCUCUGUGCCAACAAAAACACAUGAGCUGCUCCAUCGAAUGAGUGGGAAAGGAUUAGCAGCUCAUUAUCACUUCUCCAGACAGCCAGGCAUUCUUGGCGAUCAUAUGGUACCUGUGCAAGUGACAGUAACAAACACAACUGAUCAGAAGAUAGAGAAUAUUCACAUUGGCGAGAAGAAAUUACCUCCAGGCAUGAGGAUGCACGAGUUUAAUCCAAUAGAGUGCCUUGAACCAGGAGGAUCCCUUACUGCUACAAUGGGUAUUGACUUCUGUGAUUCUACCCAGACAGCCAGUUUCCAGUUAUGCACAAAGGAUGAUCAGUUCAAUGUUAACAUUCAACCCCCUGUUGGAGAACUGCUCUUGCCUGUCACUAUGUCAGAGAAAGAUUUUAAGAAGGAGCAAGGAAUGCUGACAGGAAUGAAUGAGACAUCUGCUACAAUAGCUGUUGCUCCACAGAAUUCUGCUAGACUUGUAAUUAUUGAGAGAGUAGUGAAAGCAGCAAACCUGGGUGUAGUCCCUUCUGGUCAAGACAACAUACACAGGUUUGCAGCUAAGACUGUGCACAGUGGGUCACUGCUGCUAGUCACAGUGGAGCUGAAGGAGAGCUCUACAGCACAGCUCAUCAUAAACACAGAGAAAACUGUGAUUGGUUCUGUUCUGCUGCGGGAGCUGAAGCCUGUCCUGUCCCAGGGGUAACCUGCUUACAUCUGGACUUCAGAAUCUGGCACACAACAAAAGUGCCUGGCAUCCACUGCUGCUGCCUUUCAUUUAUAAUAAUAGCCCUUCCAUCUGGCAGUGGGGAAAGAAUACACUCUUGACAUUCUUGUCUUCUGUUUUAGAAUGCUAGUGCGUAUCUAUCAUGUAUGCAAGUCCUUUCCUUUUUUUCUGCUUGCUAACCAAAGAACAUAUAUUUUACUGUCAGUUAUCUGCGCUUUUAAAUGUAUUUCCCAUUUGUUCUACCCUAGUCCUUCCCUCUCUUUUCCCUGCCCCCACUACCUUCCUUCCCCGUCAGUUUCCACUCCCCUCCAUAGUGGACAAAUACUAGGUAAUAAAGUUCAAAGGAAAUCACACUGCUUGAAAACCGAGCUCAAAUGGCAGGUGGGUUCCAGCCACAUACACAACAAGUAUGUGGUUCAGAGAGAAUUUUGGUGUAAGUGUGAAAACACCGUAAGUACAGCAAAAUGGUGUUUGUUUUCUAGAAAUGCUUGUAAACCUGAACUCAUCUAUUGAGAACAUUGUUCCUACCUGCUGUCAUUUUCUCAAAUAUUUUGUUAAGAUGCUAAUAAAGUAGUGCCUAUGAACAGAG